GGCGGUGGCGGGCGAACCGGCAGUGGAGGCUGCCAACUAAACCCGGCCACUGUUUUGUGAUGGAACUGAGGCAGGGCAGAGAAGGUCACAUUCUGAGUUAGUACUACAGGGUUCUUUGUACCAGAAUUUGAGGACUACUUUUGAUAACAGACAGGAGAGAUGGCUGCCAUACGCAAGAAACUUGUCAUCGUGGGAGAUGGAGCUUGUGGGAAGACCUGUCUCCUUAUUGUGUUCAGCAAGGACCAGUUCCCAGAGGUGUAUGUCCCAACUGUCUUCGAGAACUACGUGGCUGACAUUGAGGUGGAUGGAAAGCAGGUAGAGCUUGCCCUGUGGGACACUGCGGGCCAAGAAGAUUACGACCGCCUGAGACCCCUCUCUUACCCUGACACAGAUGUCAUCCUCAUGUGCUUCUCCAUUGACAGCCCUGACAGUUUAGAGAAUAUCCCUGAGAAGUGGACUCCAGAGGUGAAGCACUUCUGUCCUAAUGUGCCUAUCAUUCUGGUGGGGAACAAGAAGGAUCUCCGUAACGAUGAGCACACACGCCGGGAGCUGGCUAAGAUGAAGCAGGAGCCAGUGAAGCCGGAGGAGGGCCGGGAUAUGGCCAACAGGAUUAGCGCUUUCGGAUACCUGGAAUGCUCAGCCAAGACCAAGGACGGCGUGCGGGAGGUGUUUGAGAUGGCCACCCGGGCUGCCUUGCAGGCCAAGCGUGGGCGUAAGAAGAACUUGUGCCAGCUGCUGUAACCAUGCCCCCAGCCUGCCUUCCCUGCUGCCAGCCAAACCAGUGAGCUGUCAGCUUCCUGGCUGACCUUCUGUCUAAAACUCUGCUGGGGGCAGGAAUGGUAUGGCCUCACAGAGGCAAGCCUGCUAGGGCUGGGGGAGGGGGAGGGCUUCUGAAGAAUGGUGACGAAGUAUGAGGUGGGGUUCCCAGUCUGCCUCGGGCUUCUCCCAUCACUGUUCAGGGGUGGCGUUUUCCCUUUGGCCCUCCCAUGAAAGGUGAAAUGGUGCUGGCCCCUGAUGGGUCACGGGAGGGUUCCUAGGCCUUCUGCUUGCUUGCUCACUUGCUCGCAGCAGCCUUGGCCCUCUCAUUGGCAGCCCGCAGCACUGCACUGCCUUUGGCUGUUCUUUGAUCAAAGGCUUGCCUUGCCAAAGUGUGGAACCCCUGUGUUUCACUUAACGGUUAGAGCCUUGGAUUGGAGCAUCCUAUCCCAGGGGUUCCCCUUGCCCCCGAAAGGGCUGUGGAUUAAUUAAAAAGUGUCACCUGUUCAGGGCAGGAGGAAAAUCUAGUCCUCUGGCACAGUGGGCAAGUGAACCCUGUUGCCCUUCUGAUCCAGGUUCUUUCGCUGGCUUUCUCGACUAAUCAACUCCCGGAUCUCUGGGAAUGCGGCAGAAUCACUGAAAGCCCAGCCCAAUGCUCGCCUCAUAUCAACUUUUCCUUGGGGGCUGUCUCAGUCAAACAGCAUCAGGUUCUCUCCCUCCAAACAUAAUUUUCUCCACUUCGAUAUUUAUCUCUUGGCUGCAGAGUGGGGAGUUUACUCUUCCAUCAAACUGGCCCAGGAGACUGGGCCGUCAAGCCUGACCCCUUUUCUAGCAAAAUAUCUAUAUUUGUAAGCAGGGGUGCUAUCGGGCUGGUUUGUUCCUUUUCUGAACCUCCUGUGGCUGACAUAGCGCCAAGCACAAAGGACCGACUCUGCUUCUGUUUUUCUCUUCCGUUCACUCCUGCUUUUCUUCCCCAUUUCCCCAUUCUUUGUACUCACCGCAUUGCCACCUGGGGGUGUAUGGUUUUUGUGUUUAAUUUGUAUUCACAUGGGUUUUUUUAAAGUGGUUGUUACUUUUCAAAAUGUACUUGAAAAACAAAUCUGUAAUAAAUUUGUAGCAAUGUUUAGUACAUGGCAGGUUGUGCUGCUUGCCUUUUCUAAUAAAAAAGGAAGAACCAA